UAUUUAUUUCAGAACCCUCUCCCCAUCCCCCUUUUCUCCCCACCUAUACUCUACUCUCCUCUCCACCUAUCUUCUUUUCUCUCCGUCUUCGGUCUGCCUCCCCCUCUCUCCCUAUUUAUUCCAGAACCCUCACCCCAUCCCCCUCUCUGAUGAAGGGUCUAGGCCUGAAACGUCAUCUUUUGUGCUCCUGAGAUGCUGCUUGGCCUGCUGUGUUCAUCCAGCCUCACAUUUUAUUAGCCCAAUGGUAUCAAUGUGGAUUUCACAAGCUUCAAAAUCUCCCCUCCUCCCCCGCCCCCACUGCAUUCCAAAACCAGCCCAGCUCAUCCCCACCUCCCUAACCUGUUCUUCCUCUCACCUAUCCCCUCCUCCCACCUCAAGCAGCACCUCCAUUUCCUACCUACUAACCUCAUCCCACCUCCUUGACCUGUCCGUCGUCCCUGGACUGACCUAUCCCCUCCCUGCUUCCCCACCUAUACUCUCCUCUCCACCUAUCUUCUCCUCUAUCCAUCUUUGAUCCGCCUCCUCCCCCCUCCGCUCCCUAUUUAUUUCAGAACCCUCUCCCCAUCCCCCUUUUCUGAUGAAGGGUCUAGGCCCAAAAUGUCAGCUUUUGUGCUCCUAAGAUGGCCUGCUGUGUUCAUCCAGCUCCACACUUUGUUAUCUUAGCCCUUUGAGUCUGUUCUGUUAAUCAUUAAAACAUGGCAAACAUCUGCCUUAACUCCACUUUCGUACCCUAUUCCAAUAUCCUUCCAUUCUUUUAUGCCCGACAGCCUCUUGCUGUUCAAUUUUGAAUAUAUGCAACAACUGAGUAUUUGCACUCCAAUAGGGAAGAGAAUUCUGCAGUUUGAUAAUCUCUGAGUGUUAUAAUUGCUCUUUUUAACCUGAAAUGACUGACCCCUGAUACUAGGACUAGCACCCCUAUUUCUAGGCUCCCCAGCUAGUGAAUCAGAUACCCAGCCUCUGCCCUAUGAACUGCAUAAUGGUUUGUGAUUGUGUCAUUUGAAGCUUUUUGAUUUCAAAGAUCACUCUUUUUUUUCAAAAAAGAUUUAAUUGUGCAUUUAUUAAGACCAUCACUAUUUUUCUUUUAUUUUUACAAUCUUUUGGUUUGAAACUGAGAGUUGAAAUUAAGAAUUAAACAGUAAUUUCUUUUAAAAGAAAAGGGAACAAAGAUAGAUUUUUUUUCAUUGGGAACUGGCCUCGAAAAUAAAGCAACUUAAUUAAUGAUCUAAGGACUCUGCAUAGAUGAAUUGGUUCAGUGUGGUUGCUAUGUUCAGGAUUAGCUAGUGCUAACCAGCUAACAACAAAGAAUGUUGAUUGAAAAGAGAAAGCAGGAAGAGAACUGGUUUUGACUGUGUUUUGGUGGAGGCAGGGUGAGUUUUGAAAACUUUUGGACACUGAACUGCUUUGAUUUGCUCUCCGUCCAGUUGUAGAGUUUUUGAAUGUUCUGAGAAAAGAAUCCUAGUCUGUAAGAAGUGUCCAUUUUAGUGGAAAUGUGGCAAGGGAUGAAAGCAACCAGAUUGAGAGUUUCUCAAUUACAAGCUUCACGUACAACUCUACCAGAUGCUCCUGUAAUCAAAGACCUGCUUCGGCAAGAAAUCCAAUUUUUGCUGUUAGAUAUUCAAAAAAGAGCACAAAAGGAGGGCAGGGAUAACAAUGAUGCACUUGCAUCUUAUAAUCCUGAUGUUGUCAAUUUCGCUAUGGGACAAAGUAAAGCUCAAAGCACCGUGAAUAAACCUGCAAACACAGGGGAUUUGAUAGACAAGCGGAUGCGAGUAAGAGCCUUUGAAACACUCAACAGGAGUGAGAAUGGAAGCCUUUCAGUUCUUUCCCAUUCCAACUACAAGGAUCACAUACAUGCUAUAAAAGACAAGAUUAAUGUUGGAAAUAUUGAUGAUGUUGUGGCACAUUUGCAAUCUAUUUUACAGGAAGAAUGCAACACUCUGGAGAAACAUAUCAAGUUCUUACAGGAAUGCAUAGAAGAAGAACAUAAUUACAGCUUGAAUUCAAUGACACAAAAUUCAAUCCCAUCAAUUGCAGAGCUGAAAGAUGAACGGAAAAUUUUGGAACGUGAUCUGCAGCAGGCACCAUCAGUACAAAGUCUGUUACAGGUUCGCAAACCACCUGGGUGCAGGUCCUCAAAGAGAUCCUGCAGGAACACAUUGAGAUGGAGCAACACAACAGCCAGUCCAUCAGAAGAAACUCCUUAUUCCACAUUGACAGCUGGCCUGUCAGAAGCAAAUCUAGAACAGAAAAUGAAAAAACACAGUCUUUCACCUAAAGGUGGAUCCAGUUCCAAUGGAACUGGGAACUGUUGUAUAAAGUUGGGACACUCGAGGAUCCUUGCUGCAUCCCCACACAGGACAUCUUUAAGAUCAGUGGACUUACCAUUACCUAGUUACCAUGAUGAGGGAGCUUCAGCAAACUGUCCUGCACCAGAAAGUAUACAUACUCCUGGUCCUCAGUCUAACAUGAAAAGUCAGAAUAAAGUUCAACCACAUCUAACGGCUGAUGUGUCAGGAUCAUCUAGUAAACAGAUUGAAUCUCCUCAUGAUAGAACUUGCAUUGAAGGGUCACUGUCUUUACAAGAUGAUGUUCAGAAGUCAUUGGCAUAUUCAGAAUCUACUAAUGACUUCUCCCUUUGGCAGCAGUCAGUCUCUUCCUCCAUCCGGACAGAUACUCAUUACGCAACAGAAAGUAAGCGGACUUUAUCAUCAAAUUUGAAAAACUCUGUUGAGGUUUUAUCUUCAAUUCCUAAACAGGAUGAUCAUGUUCUUAUUCCAUCACCACCUUUGGAUGAAAAGCCCAUUGGCGCUCAACCCAGGAACACACACAGAGUGAGAAGAGCCCGAUUAGACAGCUUGGCAGGCAAUGCGUGAGCAGUGAAUCUGGCUUGAAUGUUCCAGUGAGCUAGCUUUAGUUUCAAAGUCUGGGGUCAUUUGCGUUAACCUGAAUCAAUUAUCAUUAAAGAAUAAAUGCCAAAGUGCCCCACAUCCACAGCUUUGAUUAGUUUACUUGUUUACUUCCACCAUCCUACCUCAUUUUUACUUCAUGAUGUGUGCUAAAUAAGAUGAUAAUAAA